AUGCAAUCUCCUUUCUUCUUCCUCCUCUUCCUCUUCACCUCCUUGACACAGAUUUUUCUCUAUUAUGAUUCUGUUGAUGGAUAUGCUGUGAUCUCGAAAAAUAUCACUGUCGAUGCGUUUGGGCAUGGAGACUUCACUACCAUUCAAAGAGCCAUUGAUUCAGUUCCUGAUGGCAAUAAGCAAUGGAUCAGAAUUCAUGUUGUACAAGGAAUCUAUAGGGAGAAGGUCUUCAUUCCAUCUAAAAAGGAGUAUAUCUUUCUAGAAGGCGAAGGGCACCAACAGACAUCAGUUGAGUGGGAUGAGCCUGCUCGGCUGCCUCCAGGUCGGAGGAGGGAGAAGGUCUUCAUUCCAUCUAAAAAGGAGUAUAUCUUUCUAGAAGGCCAAGGGCACCAACAGACAUCAGUUGAGUGGGAUGAGCCUGCUCCCCUUGAUUUGAUUAAGUGGAACAACACCAGUCUCCCAAAUUCUGUACUUGCUGGAGAAACGCAAGGUGUUACUUUUAGUAUCUUAGCAAAUAAUUUCGUCGUCAAAGAUAUCGCAUUUAAGAAGUCCACUUUGCAUUCCAUCAUGGAGGGGGCACAACCAGGACGGAUAACGGCACAUGGCAAGCCUAAAGCCGACGCGCCGGGUGGCUUUGUGUUCAAGGAUUGUAGGGUGGAUGGGGGCAAGACGUUUUUAGGAAGAGCAUGGAAUUCCUACUCCACUGUGGUGUUCCAUAAGACGUACAUGGGAGGCAACGUUGUGCCUGAGGGUUGGGAUGCUUGGAAAACCAAUGGGCACCAAACAACAUAUGCGGAGAAUAGUUGCAGCGGGCCAGAUUCAGAUGCCACACAAAGAUUGCUAUGGAAGAAGCUUGGUCCCCAGCAAUUGGAAUACUUCACUAACAUCAAAUUCAUCGACAAGGAAGGCUGGCUGUCGCAGCAACCCUGA